AUGCACGUUCCAGUCGGACGAUAUAAUUCUUCGCCUAUGAUGUUCUACUAUAAUGGACUUGUAGGUUCACCAGAAACAUACAAUUGCUCAACCGAAAUUAUCUCACAAAAAAAGAGAAGAAUUGCCGACGUUGGCUCGGCUGAAGUGAAAAGAUAUAAUUUAUGUUCGUAUGAAUAUUGGAGAGGAAAAGAGAAACGUUUGACUUCAAUUUAUAAGACGAUUCGUUUAGCUAUUGAUAUUUAUCAAUCUAUGAACAUGAGUUCAUUGGCACUGUAUUUCACUACGAUCUGCACAGUUCUCGUGUCUCUGACGUAUCGAUCGGAGAGUGCUUUUUUACGAUUUGGACCAGAUGGUUUACAAUUAGGCGGGGGUGCUGAUGGUAGUGUAGGUUUUAUGAAUAUUCCAUUUUCAACCGGUGGUGUCAAGAUACAAUCGGCCGUAGACGGAGGAUUUGCUAAUUCGUUCAUAAACAUACCAAUGGUGCAACGAUUUGGAUCACGAUUCAAUCAGUAUAGGUAUUCAACAGCCACCAGUAGACCAUUAGGGCGAACGAAUUUCGAUUGGUAUUCUCGUUGGGGCCUUCCUUUUUCAAAUCUAUUCAAUGGUCAAACAUAUCAACAAAGAUUUCGAUCAUCUGGUGCUCAGUGGCAAAGCCAAACAGGCUCACAAACCGCUUCUUCAGUAAAUUCUCAAAGUAUUCGUCCUUGGUUUUCUAACGUCAAUCGAAUGGUUAAUGCUCAAGUAACUCCAGCGAAUAUUCCCAUCACCGGCUUCGCUAGUUCUGGAACCGGAUGUUCAAGAGGAGUUGAUGCAAAUGGUCAACAAUAUAUCAGUGCGGCUAAUGGUGUUGUCAAUCUGUCCGGCCAAAGUAUCUCCUGUAAAUAG